AUGGAGAAGAGCGAUAAGGUCGAGACCCAGCAGCUCGAAGGUGAGACAGAAGAAGCGCAGGGCGAUCUGGUUGAGCUGGGCACCAUGGACGUCAAGGCCGAGUUUGACGAAAUGGUUAUUUGGGGCCACGAGUCGAGCGCCGAUGCCGCGUCGGAUCCUUAUGUGAGAAGUAUCGAAGAAUGGUUGGCUGCGGCUGAAUCGAUACACACGUACCCUUCGCCGGAGACUAAGACUGGCGCAUAA